AUAUUUUGAAGCUUAUUGACAGGCUACAUUCACCAGCGUCUUGUUCAGCUUUGUUAAUAAAACAUCCUUCAACACGCAGUGGAAUGUAUUACAGCAAUCCCCAAGGACUCGGUUCAUCGUCAUUGGUUCAAGUAUACUGUGAUAUGACGUCAAAGAAUGGUGUUGGUGUGACGGUGAUUGGACAUGACAGCGGAUCAAGAACACUUGUGGAGGGAUAUGAUCCUGCAGGUUCUUACAGACGAAAGAUUGAAUAUGAUAUUUCCCUGGAACAAAUUGUUGCCAUUAUGAAGCAGUCCAAAAGAUGCGAGCAGUUUAUAAAAUAUGAAUGUUAUGGUAGCGUAUUUAGGUUCAGUUCUGCAGGUACAUAUUUUGGUUGGUGA